AUGCAUCCACAGCGAUGCAUCUCCAGAACUUUGGCACCAUUUUGCAUAUUUUUAUCUAAGUGGAACUGCGUCCCUCCAUCUUCCAUUCUUAGAUCAGCACAUCGCCGGAAAAGCGAUGCCUCUGUUCUUUAUCGUGACUCCGAGCAUGGGUCCCGGUGGUGGUGCGAAAUACCAUCAGUUGAGAAGCUACAGCGAAUCGAUGUUCUUACCUAUCAUUUGGGACGUUACCCCCAUGCGCGCAGACGGAAUAGCGUGAAGCGGUCGCUAGAAAAUAAUGAUACAAACGCCUGUGUAAGUAAGACGUCCAAUUUAACACAAGGGAGGGAUCCUUAUUUGUUGACGUCAGCGUUGCCACCCCCUUGCAGUUUGCCGAACGAGCUUCGUGAGAUGGACGACGCAAUCGUUCAGUCGCGGAACCCCAAGGCAAGAACACUCGAAACGCUGCAGUGGCCUUUACGACAUCCUGCGGCCUCGAGGACACCCGUGCUUACUUCAGCUCGAAAGGCAAUCGUGGAAUCGAACUUACCGAUGCUGCUUAGAUUUCCUUCAUCGACACUUGCAUCAUCGUCCGUGCCGCCUAUUCCAGUUUCUCGAUCUGUGCGCUUCGGGGUGAAUGCCGAACCCGUGGAGGAUGUCGACAGCAUUCACCCUUUUACCCCUAUUGAAAAAGUUCAUGCCAUUCACAAGGCAUGGCGGCAUUGCCGUAGGAAGAGACUGUAUCAAGAGGAAUUACUGACAACAGACACCACUGCGAUCUGGUCUGAUCUUCUCAGUCUCUCAAAAAGCCCAUUUUGGGAUGAAAAAGCGGUGCUGUUCCGAUUUGGAAUGGGUGCCUGUGCCGCCCCGGAUGGUGUUCCUGGGUUUGAUGGACUGUUUAGGCAACACUGGAAAGACUUUUCCGUGACGGAGAUGGAGGUGGAUAUUGCAUGCCGCUGCGGCGGUCGACCUCUGUCGAGAGAUUAUUCCUUCACUAUCCCACCGCUACCGUUGUGUGUGGCAAAUCAGGAUAACCUCAACAAGAAACACGACGUGCAGCCGGAGACAUCAAAAUCUGAUGUCCUUUUUGGUAUGACGAUUGACGAAGAACAUGAUGCAAAUAGAAACGCUCCUCAAGUGCAUGAAAAUGCUCUCCAGGUUGAAAAGUAUUCAACUAAUGCGAACACUGGUGUGGUGAAUGUUGCUGACACUCGCUUGGAUCACGAUAAAGUUUCCUUUUUCCAUGUAGAUGUUGCUACCAGUAUAGAAGCGCAGCGGUGCGAGGCUCUUGGGUAUCUGAAACACAAACCACAACUACAGUGCGUAGGCCACAGAGUUUGUGAAGAAGAAGAAAGAUUUUGUUUGCCCCGUAAAGGGGAAAUUGACCACGGUUCAGCGUUAUCAGACAAUACAAUUGCGUUAACAGUCCAUGAUGAACUAAACUUUGAAAAGCGCAAGAAAGAAUUAGACAGACUUGAAGAACUAGAAACCGUUUUGCACCGACGCGAACAGCAGCGUUCGGUGGUACGCAAAAAAUUACUUUUACCUAACGCAGAUGGUUCUUUGCCCAAUCUCGAUUGGGAAUCCAAGCCUUCCAUGUCGCACCACUACCUGGAGUGCACGUUGCACAAGCAACACGUGGCGCACAGCACGGCCUUGUCCGCCAUCGCCCAGGUGCUCCGAGUUCACCCGCGAACCAUCAGCGUCGCUGGGAUCAAAGACUACAUCGGCGACACCGUGCAGCGCGUACGUGUCAAGGGUAUCUCACCACACUCCGCAUUGCAGGCUAACCGCAUUUUUCGUCGAAAGGGCUUAAAUAUUACGCUAUCCGAUUUUUCCUACAAAACAACCCCUCUGCGAUCGGGUGAAUUAUUUGGGAACCACUUCCAGAUUCUUCUACGUGACGUAAAGGCCUCUAAGAGCGUGAUACAGGACGCGGUGAACGCCUUUGUGACACACGGUUUUCCGAACUACUACGGAUGCCAGAGGUUUUCGUGGUUUGCCGGCAAGGAGGAUGCCGCCUUUGCGCUUCUCCGCCAUAACUGGCUUGGAUUUGCCUUUUGCUUUCUCAAUUACACAACCACCAGUCGCACUCUACGGCAGCUGUUGCAGCGAGAGAAGAAGUACCCUAACCCCAUUAUGGAUGAAUACCGCCGAAAUGUUGUGCGCCGUCUUCGACAGAACGCCAUAGAACCAAAGGACCUUGACGAGGAGCCCUUUCUAUCCACACCGUCGCUAAGCGAACCUCAGAUGAUAAACAGUGCCGGCGAAUCUCUGAAUCAAAAACAGCAGCUUAUAAUUUUUCAGCUCCGUGAGGCGUACUUUGACCUUCAUUUACAAAGCCGCCGACUGACCGCGCAGAGGCUGUCAAGCUAUUUGUGGAACCAAGUCUUAACCCUGCGUUUGCAACACUUUCCUGCGGAUGAAGUGCUCGAUGGAGACUUCGUUAUGCCGGCACUGUAUCGAAAUGCUUCCAGCAACACCUGGGAUCGCGUGGAGUGCGUUCAGAAACAUAGCGACGUUGUGGACGCAAUGAAUCACCAUCUCUAUUCGAUUAACGAUGUCGUGCACCCCGGUUUUAGUUUUGAGGGUAUUUCACUUCCUGAGAACGCAAUUGGUUUAUAUUAUGCACACAUUUGCGAUAGGUACCACUUGGAUUGGAAUGCCAAACACUCAAAGUCCGGCCUUCAAGACUUCCGUGAGCCGCCGAGACCCAUCAUUCGACACCCCAUCGAGCUCUCCUUCACUCAUGACAUAGAGGCUCGUACCUUAAGGCUAGAGUUUGCCCUGGAGCGGGGGUGCUACGCGAAUGUCGCCAUCACGGAGCUGAUGAAACAGGCGCGCUGCGUAGGCGCAGAGAACCUCACGCUUCUUCCCGCCCCGGAGGACUUGUGGGAUCGACUGGGAGAGCGCGAUCCGGGGUAUGUGACGUCCCUGCAGGAUAUAUACCCCGACUUUGACGACGGGCUUGGCACCGUCCAUGACACGGUAACGAUCCCCUUCGAGGCUGGGACCGAAACGAAGGUCUGGGACCUGCCAGGCCCGCUGUUCUUGCCUAGCAACCAAGACCCCUACCGCAAGGCGCACCAGUGGGGCUCCCAACACCUCCUGCGCAACAUGCAGAGACGCGUGGUGGAAGCCGAGAACAUGAAGCGCCGGCUGUUUGAAAAGUCACUUGCCAGAAAACUGGCGGAAGGUGAGAUUGCGCAGUACGCCGGUCAUACCGUCCCCAUGCUGCCCAACGCACCUAGCAAGCGUUUGUUCUUUAAAAUUUUGCGGCGGAAUCAACGGUACGCUGGGGCCCCCAAAAUGACUUCACGCUUCGCGCGCAUGACCCAACCCCAGAACCGUAGGAAAGCCCUUCCAGCAUUCAAGACCCUCAAUAGGGACUCGUGGAAUGUGACCUGGUAA